ACAACUCUUAUUUUUCAUACUAAUUAAAGAACACUCUUUGUAAGAAAAACUACGCAAACCAAAGAUGGGGUUUUGGUUAACUACUCUUGUUGCUUGUUGUGGUGCCAAUGAAUGCGAUUCAGUGUCGCGAUCAUCAGUGACACUCACGUCUUUUAUAUCAAAAAAUAAUAACGAUCAUAAGAAUCUUCUUGUUGGUCUAGUCCACAAAGACAAAGUCGAUGGUAUCGGUAAGAAAGGCAGAAAAAGUGUAAGGCAGCCAAUACAAUGGCGGCCAUCGUUAUUCACAAUUUUUGAAAACGACGUGGUUAUGUUUGAGAGGAUACAAUUGUAUGUGAAGCCUUGUAACAAAGGCAGGAAAAGCACAAGAAUGUUAACUCCAAACUUUACAUCUUCUGGAUACAACAAGAACGAGUUUGUGCUACGAGAUUCGUGGAAUAUGGUGUCACCCAUUCCAACGGCGUUUGUGAUUUAGUUUUAAAGCAUUUAAUAGUCAUACUAUUGUAAUGUAACAUGUAUAUAUGAUGGUACGUACGUACGUACGUGUGUUCAUGGUUAUGUACUUGAAGUAGUAUUAUAACUGUUAAAUUAUAUAUGAUGGUAUGUAUAGUAAAUAAGAAA